UGUGUGUGUGUUUUUCUUCUCUAAAUGAUUUUGGAAGAGAGGGGGAAACGGAGCCUGUCGUCUGGCUGAGAUGGAGGAGACUUACGGCAGCAGCCCCGGGGCUGAGCUCUGAGAACCACUCAGCAGCGCCACACACACUCCCACACACACACACACACACACCUCUGCCAAUCAAACACUCAAGACCACAGAGACACAGGGGACAGAGGAAGACAAGCCACAUACACACACGCACGCACACACGCAAGGGAGUCUGAGGAGACAGAGGAAGACAGAAGAGGAUUGUGCUUGGACCAUUGGACUGGAUCAUUCUGACAAGUGAUCAAGAGAGACACACAGAGAUUGAGAUUCUUUGGAGACGCAAGACUGCUUGGACCUUACAGCCAGAAACAGGCAGGCAAAGACCAAAGGGAGGCUGAGGAUACAGAAGACUGCUUGGACAACUCACAAGAGAGAGACGGACGGAGGGAGACAGACAGAGUCUAAAUAGGAGACUGAAUCAUUAGGAGCUUGGAUCAUUGGAUUGGAUCAGACAGACUCUUCUCGUUCAGUGACUGUGAUCACUCUGAGGGGACUUCUCUGAGGUGACUUCUCUGAGGGGACUUCUAUGAGCUUGGACAAUAUGGCUGUUGCACGAGGAUCCUGGCUGUGGUGGUGCAGCUCUGUGUUACUCUGUCUCUCCCUGGCUCACCGGUCAGCCGGCUGGUCAUCAACAUCAUCAUCAUCACAGAAGCAACAACAGCAGCAGAAGCCGGCCGGUCUCGUCCGGCCCCAGACGGUCUCCCUGGGGUCCGGCCAGCACAACCUGUCGGAAAGCGCCGAGUCCAAGGUGGAGCGCCUGGGCCAGACGUUCAAGCGGAGUGUUCGGGAGUUGCGAGAGCGAAGCGGUGCCCGCAUGGACCUGGUCUUCCUCGUGGACGAAUCAUCGAGCGUGGGCGCUUCCAACUUCCGCAGCGAGCUGCGCUUCGUGCGCAAGCUGCUCGCCGACUUCCCGGUGGCGCCUGAGGACACGCGCGUGGCCCUGGUCACCUUUUCGUCCAAGAGCCACGUGGUGACGCGUGUGGACCACAUCUCGGCGCCGCGCGCCCACCAGCACAAGUGCUCGCUCUUCAACCAGGAGAUCCCCGCCAUCACCUACCGCGGAGGGGGAACCUACACCAAGGGCGCGUUUCAGAGAGCCGCGCUAAUCUUGCAAAACUCGAGACGGAAUGCAACCAAGGUCAUCUUCCUCAUCACGGAUGGAUACUCCAACGGCGGGGACCCAAGACCCGUGGCAGCUGCCCUUCGGUCGGGUGGCGUGGAGAUCUUCACCCUCGGCAUCUGGCAGGGCAACAUCCGGGAGCUUCAUGACAUGGCCUCCUACCCCAAAGACCAGCACUGCUACCUCGUCCACAACUUUGCCGAGUUUGAGGCUCUCGCUCGCCGGGCUCUACACGAAGACUUGCCCACUGGAGGGUACAUCCAGGAGGACCUGUCUCGCUGCUCGUCGCUGUGUGAGGCUGGUCGCGACUGCUGCGACCUGAUGGCCAGCUGCAGGUGUGGCACAAACACGGGCCAGUACGACUGCGUCUGUGAGAAGGGCCACUACGGGAAGGGACUGCAGCACGAGUGCACAGCUUGUCCAUCUGGGACCUACAAGCCAGAGGCAGCACCUGGAGGCCUAAGCACCUGUAUCCCCUGCCCAUACCAACACCACACCUCCCAACCAGGCAGCACUGCCCUCGACGACUGCGUAUGCCAGGAGGGCUAUAAGGCUUCAGGCAAGACCUGCGAAGUGGUAUACUGUCCAGAGCUGUUGCCGCCAGAAAAUGGCUUCUUCAUUCAGGGCUUGUGUAAUAACCAGUUCAACGCCGCCUGCGGCGUGCGCUGCAAGCCAGGCUUCGAACUGCAGGGCAGCGGAAUCCGUCUGUGCCAGCCCGACGGCACCUGGUCAGGGGCGGAGGCCAGCUGCAGGGUGCGCUCGUGUCCUAAAUUGUCGGCACCGCCCCAUGGCCAGGUGAACUGCUCCGAGGGUGGUAUCCCCCACAGGGUGAAGUGUGAGGUGCGCUGUGCCAAAGGCUACCGACUGGUGGGCAACGCCAGGCUGACCUGCCAGAGCAACUCCCAGUGGAACGGGCCCCUGCCACGGUGUGUGGAGGUGAGGUGCCCUCCCAUUGUCCCACAGAAACAUGUCCUUCUGUCGCCCCCUGCCUGCGGAUCGAGGGAGCUGAGGAGCGGGGCCUCCUGCCGACUGAACUGUCGCCCGGGUUACCGUCUCCAGGGCGACUCACCCGUGCGAUGCCUAGCCACUGGGGAGUGGAGUCCAAACCUGCAUAAAGCAUCAUGUGUAGAUUCCGAGCCGCCGUGGAUCCAGUGCCCCGAGGGAGUCAUCACGGAGGCCGGAAAGCAUCAAGGCUUGGCUAACGUCAGCUGGAGCCAGCCAAUGGCGGGCGACAGCUCCGGAGACGAAGUCACAGUCCAGGUGACGCCCGUCUUAAACUCGCAUCAGCUCUUUCCCAUCGGAUCGGCGGUGAUGACCUACACAGCCACUGACCGCUCCGGGAACAAGGCCAACUGCUCUUUCACAGUCACUGUUAUUGACUCCGAGCCACCCAUGAUUGACAAGUGCAGGUCUCCACCCACUGUGGAGGCGACGGGCGCGGAGACGGCCGUCGUCUGGGAAGAGCCUCAGUUUUCCGACAACUCAGGAGCUCGCCUCAACAUCUCCAGCACUCACACGCCCGGUGCCCUGUUCCCUGACGGCGAAACCUCGGUCUUCUACACCGCCACCGACUCCUCUGGCAACAACCGCACCUGUGAACUCGUCAUCACUGUUCAAGGGAAGAAGUGUGUGCAGCCGUAUGUCCCGGUGAAUGCGGACUUCACCUGUGUGGAGAAGGACGAGGGGGUCAACUGCACACUGCGCUGCCAGGAGGGCUACAGUUUUACCCAGGAUGCCGUGCACAGCUACUUCUGUGCUCAUAAUGGGGUCUGGCUACCACCCCGCUCCCCAGACCGGCCCGACUGCUCCUUGAACAGAGUGGCCAACAAUGGCCUCAAGCCCUUCGAGAUGCUCUUCAAAGCCUCCAGAUGUGACGACCAGGACAUGCUCAAGUCUUUCAGAGGAGAGUUUAACACAGCCCUGAAAGACAUGGUCCCAGAAUUAUGCGCUGGUGAUGAUAUUGCCUGCAAGCUGGAGGUGAUGUCACAGGGCCAGUGUCUGGAGUACGACUAUUAUGAGAAUGGAUUUGCAAUAGGUCCUGGGGGCUGGGGCAGCAACUGGGGCUCACAGAAUGGGCAGGACUACGCCUACUUUGACGCUGGCUACGCCACCGACAGCCAGGGGCCCCCCAUGCAGCAGGACGCGCCUGCCUCCCCCCGGGCUACUUACCCCCGGGCCACCUACCCCCGUGGCAAUUAUGCCCUGAGAGCCAAGAGACACCGCAAGAUCGCCGGGCCGACCCGGGACCAGAAGAUCCAGAUCAACUUCAACAUCACCGCAAGCAUCCCGCUGCCCUUGCGGAGGAACGACUCGGUGGAGGUGGUCAACCAGCGUCGGCUGCUGCGGGCCCUGGAGCAGCUGACCAACCGGCUGAAGCGCACGCUCAGCAAGCAGCCCUUCACCUCCUUCCACGUCUCCUCCGAGAUGAUCGUGGCUGACCCCAAGUCCCUCGAGAGCAAGCGGGCCGCCCUCUACUGCCGCCCGGGCUCUGUGCUGAAGGGCCGCAUGUGUGUCCAGUGUCCCCUGGGCACGUACUUCUCGCUGGAGUACGGCGAGUGUGAGAGCUGCUGGAUUGGCUCCUUCCAGGACGAAGAGGGACAGAUGGAGUGCAAGCCCUGUCCAGCCGGCUUCUCCACGGCCUACCUGCACUCCCGCAGCCAGGCCGAGUGCAAAGAACAGUGUAAGCCUGGCAGCUCCUCCAUCACGGGGCUGGAGACGUGCGAAUCAUGCCCGCUGGGCGAAUACCAGCCAGAGUUUGGCACCCGCCGCUGCAUCAAGUGCCCCGAGGACACCUCCACCGUCAUCAGGGGAGCCCAGGACGUAAACGAGUGCGGAGUACCGUGCUCCGCGGGUCACUUCUCCCGUACAGGCCUGGUACCGUGCUACCCCUGCCCGCACGACUACUACCAGCCCGAGGAGGGACGCUCCUUCUGCCUCUCCUGCCCCUUCUACGGCACCACCACCGUCAACGGGGCCACGGCCAUCCAGCAGUGCUCCAGUUUUGGGUCCAGUUUCUUGCCAAAGGAGGAGAGUGCGACGUCAGCCCCUGAGGUGGACGCUGGGCCGGACUACCAUGCCAGCAGUCAGGUGUUUCACGAGUGUUUCCUGAACCCAUGUCAAAACAAAGGCAUAUGUGAGGAGGUGGGGGUCGGCUACGUCUGCACCUGCCAACCAGGAUUCACAGGAGCGAAGUGUGAGAGCGACAUUGACGAAUGCGAGUCGGAGCCGUGCCAGAACGGCGGGCUGUGCCGCGACGGCAUGGGAGACUUUUACUGCCAGUGCCAGCCGGGCUUCGUAGGGUCGCAGUGCGAGGCGGAGGUGAACGAGUGCAGCUCCUCGCCCUGCCAGAACGGGGGCGCCUGUGUGGACAAGGUCAACUACUUCACCUGCAGCUGCGCAGACGGCUACACAGGCUCUCGUUGUGAGCUGGAGAUAAACGAGUGUGCAUCCAGCCCGUGCCAGAAUGGUGGGGCGUGUGAGGAUCUGGUGGGGGAGUAUGUCUGUGCCUGCAUCCGAGGUUUCUCUGGGGACAACUGUGAGGUCAACGUCAAUGAAUGUGACAGCGCCCCCUGUCUGAAUGGAGCUACCUGUGUAGAUGGAGUCAAUAACUUCAGGUGUGAGUGUGCCAGCGGGUACAGGGGGCAGCUCUGCGAGAUCGACGAGGACGAGUGUGACCCCAACCCCUGUGAGAAUGGAGCCACCUGCCUGGACGGUGCCGGCACCUUCACCUGCCGAUGCCCCCCUGGGUUCAAUGGAACCAGGUGUGAGACAGAAAUGUCCACCUCGUUUAACCUGGACUUCGAGGUGUCCGGGAUCCACGGAUUUGUGAUGAUCGACGGGGUCAUGCCGUCGUUGCGGGCGAUCACCUGUACGUUCUGGAUGAGGUCAUCGGACACAAUGAACUACGGGACGCCAGUCUCCUAUGCUGUGGAAGGCAGUGACAAUGCCUUCCUGCUCAUCGACUACAACGGAUGGGUGCUGUAUGUCAACGGAAAGGAGCGCAUCACAGACUGCCCAGCGGUCAACGACGGCCUCUGGCACCACAUCGGCGUGUCGUGGAGCAGCGAGGACGGGGACUGGCGAGUGUACAUCGAUGGGAGCCCCUCGGACGGCGGGAAAGGGCUCUCUGUCGGCACCUUCAUCCCAGGUGGAGGUGUUCUCGUGCUGGGGCAGGACCAGGAUCAGAGGGGCGAGGGUUUUAAUCCCGUGGAGUCUUUCGUGGGCUCACUGAGUCAGCUCCACAUCUGGAACUACGUUCUCUCGUCACAGCAAAUCCGAGCCUUGGCCAAUGGCUGCCCGGGUGACCUGAGCCGGGGGACCGUGUUUGCGUGGUCGGACUUUCUGCAGGGGGUCACGGGAAGGGUCAAGAUCAACCCCAACUGCAUCUUCUGUGCGGACUGCCCCCUGGUGGAGAAGGCCGUGCCUCACUUGCGUGCCUCCAGUGCGGCAGUCAGCCCCGGGUCCCAGGUGCAGCUCUCGUGCGAUCCCGGCUUCUACCUGGUGGGGGAGCCACUGCAGCAGUGUCUGAACAAGGGGGAGUGGAGCCACGCCCUGCCACGCUGUGAAAGAGUGAACUGUGGUGCCCCUCCAGCUCUGGAGCAUGGCAUGUACCAAGGCACAGACUUCAACGCAGGGAGCUCAGUCACCUACCAGUGCAAGCUGGGCUUCUACCUGCUGGGGGAGGCCAAGAUGCUCUGUGCCAACAGUGGGAGGUGGACAGGCAACCCUCCUGCUUGUCUGGAUGUGGAUGAGUGUGCGCUUAUUCAGGACUGCGACGAGCACGCCAGCUGUCAGAACACGGAUGGCUCCCACAUCUGCACCUGCGUCUACCCCUACAGCGGCGACGGCAGGAACUGCACAGAGCCAGUGAAGUGUACGGACCCAGGUUAUCCCCAGUUCGGCCACCGAGAUGGCAGCGUGUUCAUCCUGGGCAGUGAGGUGGUGUUCAGCUGUGAGGAGGGCUACGAGCUGGUGGGCUCCAACAAGCGCACGUGCAACCAGGACGACUGGACCGGCCAGUUUCCCUACUGCAGAGCUCUCUCCUGUAGACCUCCCCCUGUUCCAGAGAACGGAGGCCUGAAGGGGACAAACUUCACGUUCGGAAGCAAGGUGACUUUCAGCUGCAACAAGGGCUACGUGCCUAAGGAGCCAGUGGAGAGCCAGUGUUUGUCCACUCUGAAAUGGAGCAGAGCGCCCCCUGUCUGUAUGCCCGUGACCUGCGGGGAACCCCCAGCUGUUGACAAAGCUGACUUCACCCUGACUGGGAAAGAAUACCUGUCCUCUGUGACAUACACCUGCACAGAGGGGUACAGACUGCAGGGUGCUGCAGAGCUGCAGUGCGAGGCGACUGGACAGUGGGCUUCUCCUGCCCCUCUGUGUGCCCAGGUCAACUGUGGGGACCCUCCCCCCUUGCAGGAUGCUGUGAUCACCGGGGACAACUUCACCCUGGGCGGCCAGGUGCACUAUGUGUGCAAAGAGGGGUACACACUUCUGGGAGAGAAGACAAGGGAGUGUCUCUCGAGCGGCCAGUGGAGUCCGAGCUCCUCCCAGUGCGCCCCUCGCCCCUGCGGGCAGCCUCCCCCUAUCGACCACGCCUCGCCCGAAGCAGGCCACAAGCUUUUCGGCGACACGGCCAUCUAUUCCUGCAAUGACGGCUACAUUGCUGGCAACAACACCAAGAUGCUGUGCAACGCUCAGGGCGAAUGGGCGGCCCCCGAGGGCCACGCCACGCCACACUGCAUCGCCAACUUCUGCCAGAGGCCGCCCAGGCUGCCCCACGCCAUCUUGGACACCAUCAACAAGCCCAAGUAUGCCAGCAACACGGAGGUGAGCUACAAGUGUGAGGAGGGCUUCAUGCUCAACACCACCGCCACCCUGAAGUGCAUCCUGGGAGGCCGCUGGGAGCCCUCGCCUCUCAGGGUCGGCUGUGUGCCCGUCCGCUGCUCCAAGCCCGAGAGCAUCGAGAGGGGGUCGUUCAGCGGGACAGACUACAGUUUUGGAGCCAUGGUUGCCUACACUUGUGAGACAGGGUACUUCAUCAGGGGGGAGAAGAGGAGAACCUGCAGUGCCAAUGGGGAGUGGGGUGGGGUCCUGCCAACCUGCCAGCCUGUGCUGUGCAAUUACCCUCCGCUACUCACACACGGCUUCAUCAGGAACCCACAGAAGAGAAGUCAAUAUGUCUUUAACAGUAAGGUGACCUACGUCUGCGCUGCUGGCUACAGCCUCAGGGGCAAAGGAGAGCGCGUUUGCCAGGCCAAUCGGCAGUGGUCCAACACCGAUCCUCCCUCCUGCGUGCUCCUGACAUGCCCCACCCCGCCAGACAUCAAGCAAGGACACUACAAAAGCUCUACGUUCCAGGUGGGCAGCAAGGUGGAGUACACCUGCAAUGAGGGCUAUGAGCUCACUGGCGAUGCUGUCUGGACCUGCACAAAGUACGGGAGGUGGGACAAGAGCAGGGUCCCCCGAUGCUCUCCAGUGCAGUGCCCUGAACCCCCUCUGGAGGAGAACCACCUGGUCCUGAAGAGCCUGGACUCCGACUCGGGAACCGUGGAGCUGUCCUGCGAGGAGGGCUACGUGCUCCGAGGCGCCCGCACGCUCCGCUGCACCCCAUCGCAGGAGUGGAACGCCUCGUUUCCCGUCUGCGAGCAGGUCUUCUGCGGGCCGCCGCCGGACGUCCCGUUCGGUGACCGCUCCUCGGCCCCCUCGCACUUUGGCAGCGCGGUGACCUACUCCUGCAUGGACGGGUUCAAUCUGAGGAAAGGCUCCACGGUGGUCUGCCAGGCUGACGGUCACUGGAGCGCCCCGACCCCCGAGUGCAGCCCAGUGGAAUGCCCUCAGCCAGAGGGCGUCCCCAACGGGAUUGUAGACGUGCAGGGACUCAUGUACCUCAGCACGGCGGUCUACAGCUGCAAGCCGGGCUACAACCUGGCGGGCAAUGCCACUGUCAUUUGUGGGCAGAGCGGCGUCUGGAUUGGUGGUGUGCCAGCCUGUCACCCUGUUGAGUGCCCUGCGCCAAAGGAUAUUAUCAACGGUAAGGUCUCCUAUGCCCAGCUCCAGUUCAGCCGGUCUGUCACCUACUCCUGCCAGCAGGGUUAUCGUCUACAAGGCACAGAGACACUCACCUGCCUCGAAACUGGCGAAUGGGACCAGGAAGUGCCCACCUGUCAACAGGUGUAUUGCGCCCCUCCCAAGCCAAUCAAGAAUGGCUUUGUUGAAGGAAUGGACCACAAAUUUGGGGUGACCAUCUUCUAUAGCUGCUUCCCUGGGUACCAGCUAGUUGGGCAGAACCACCUCACCUGUGAGGAGCACGGCUGGUCCAGCACUGUACCCGCCUGCGUGCCAACCGACUGCGGACUGCCCCCACACAUCGACUUUGGCGACUACAAGAAGCUGGCAGACCCCAAUUCCGAACUGUCGGGCGAAGGGAGCCAGGACGACAAGCUGACCGAUGGAGCCUCGCUGGCGGACAUGAGCUUCUUCCACGGCACCGCCAUCGUUUACCGCUGCCACGCUGGCUAUGAGAUGUCGGGGCUGGUGGUGCUGGUCUGCCAGGAGGAUGGCACCUGGAAUGGCACGGCUCCUACUUGCAUCCCUGCCGAGUGCAGCGUGCCCCCAAGCCCGGAGCAUGGGUCAGUGGCUGUGACGGACACGGCUCUGGGCAGCCUCGUAGAGUACAGCUGCGAAGAGGGCUAUGAGCUGGAGGGCCAGUCUGUGCGCCAGUGUGUAGCUGGUCGACAGUGGAGUGACACGCCACCGGUCUGCAAACUGGUCUCUUGUGGCGACCCGGGGGACAUCAGUGGUGGCACGGUCAAGGGAGACUCCUACUCCUACUUGUCGGUGAUCCACUACGAGUGCCACUCUGGGUACACCCUGCAGGGCGGCGCUGCCAGGACGUGCCAGGCGGACGGAAAGUGGGAUGGUGAAGAGACGCGGUGUGCGGCCGUGUCCUGUGGCGCGCCGGUCAUCCCGAACGGCGUCAUCGUAAAGGGGAAGGAGUACACCUUCAGCAAAAAGCUGGAGUUCAGCUGUGAGCCUGGUUUCAUGUUAAAGGGAACGUCUUUUACCACCUGUCUGGCAAACGGAACCUGGACUCAAGCCACCCCAGCAUGCUACCCGGCAGACUGUGGGCAACCUCCAGCUAUCACUAAUGGUCGAGUCACAGGAAAUGACUAUGGCUACCUAAGUGAGGUAAGGUAUGAGUGCAAUGAGGGUUACAGUCUGACAGGAAGUUCCCUGCGGGUGUGCAAGGAUGAUGCAUUGUGGGACAGGCCUCCACCUCGAUGUAACAUAAUCACGUGCGACCCACCUGAGGAUAUUAGCCACGGGUACCUCAACGGUUCCAGUUUCAACUUUGAGGAUGUGGUGGAGUACAUUUGUUUCCAAGGCUACCAGGUGGUGGGCAACCAGUUCCUGCGCUGUGGGGCAGAUGGCUUUUGGGUCGGAUCGGUGCCGGAAUGCCGCCCGUGCGAAUGCACCCCGCCAGUUCUGAAGUCUGGAGCCGUGCUGGGUCGGGACCACAACUGCGGCGACCGUGUGCGGUACCACUGCGACGACGGCUACAGGACUCUGGGGCCCAUUGAGGCCGUUUGUGAGAAAGGUGGCAUCUGGAGUCCAGGGGUGCCCAUCUGCUCACGAGGAAGAUGCCCGCCCACACCACCUGAGGUCCAGAACGCGGUCAUACAGGGCGGUAGCGCCACUCCACCCGAGACGCUCACGUAUGCGUGCGUGCCGGGCUAUCAGCUCAGGGGCUAUCCUCACAUUACGUGUGAGCGGGGCCGGUGGACAGCGCCUCGUCUCUCUUGUGAGCCCGUAUCCUGCGGAGCACCACCAUACAUCCCAAACACCAGCACUGUGGGGGAGGCAUUCACUUUUGGAAGCCACGUGCAGUACAGCUGUUUAGAUGGCUUUGAGUUGGCCACACAGACCAGCACACUCUCCUGCCAGAGUGAUGGCACCUGGUCCAAGCACAGCGUGCGCUGUCGGCCAAAGCCUUGCCACCUCCCUGCCAACCUCACCCACCUGGUGGCCACAGGGGAACACCCAACACCCCUAGGGGCCACCGUCACCCUGUCCUGCAAGACUGGCUUCCACCUGGAGGGACCGAGUGUUUCCAAGUGUGAACGUGGAGGAAUUUGGUCUCCCGUAUUUUUCUCCAACUCCUGUCUGCCCAUCACCUGUGGAGAGCCCCCUGCUAUUCUCCACGGAAGCCUAGAGGGCAAAGGUCACGCCUAUGGGGAUAUGGUUAUAUACAGCUGUCUCCCAGGUUUCAUAAUCAAGGGGGACUCUGUUCUGACGUGCCAGAGGGACCAAAUGUGGAGCGGGAACUCACCCGAGUGUCUCGCCAUCUCUUGUGGAAAGCCCCCCGAGGUUGAGGAUGCAGUUGCGUAUGUGACGAGCGACACGUUUGAAAGCACUGUCAGCUAUGAAUGCAAUUCAGGGCUGCGCUUAGUUGGCCCAAAGAAUCUAACCUGCUUGUCUGAUGGGAAAUGGAGCUUCCCCAUACCAUCAUGUGAAGCGAGCUCUGAGAGCUGUGGUGGUCCUCAGGAGCUGUUGAACGGGAGGGUGCUUGAGCACAGCUUGGCCAGUGGCCAGGCUCUGGGCUUCCGCUGCGAUAAGGGCUUUGACCUGCAGGGGGAGCCGCUGGUAGUCUGCAUGGGGAACGGUUCCUGGAGCGCCCCCCUCCCAGUCUGCACACCCAAGUCCUGUCCCCUUCCUCCGGGGUGGUCAGACAGCAGUACCAACGCCUCACAGGGGGGCUUCGUGGUGGGCCAGACGGUGCCCGUCACCUGCCCCAAGGGCCAGCAGGCUAAAGGCACGGCCACACUCACCUGCAAAGCUGACCAGACAUGGAGUCCCAUCAGCACAGUGUGUGAGAGGGUGUCGUGUGGCCCCCCUCUCCACGUGACCAACGGGGUGGUGCGGGGGGCGGUCUUCCAGUUCGGGGACGUGGCGGUGUACUCGUGCUUCGGCGGGUACGCCAUGGAGGGCCGCAGCCGGAGCAGGUGCCUGGAGAACGGGACGUGGACCCACCCCCCCUCCUGCCGAGCUAUAUGUUGGCUCCAGUGUCAGAACGGGGGGGUGUGCCAGAGGCCCAACACCUGCGCCUGUCCGGAGGGAUGGAUGGGGCGACUCUGUGAAGAGCCCAUCUGUAUUCUCCCGUGUCUGAAUGGGGGCCGAUGUGUGGCGCCCUACCAGUGCGAGUGUCCCACUGGGUGGACAGGCACGCGAUGCCACACAGCCGUCUGUUCCUCCCCGUGUCUGAAUGGGGGUAGGUGCAUCCGGCCAAACAGGUGUCACUGUAGUCCUGGCUGGGGUGGGCCCGACUGCUCCAGGAAAAGAAAAUCAGGAUAUUUUCAUUUUUAAAAAUUCUGCUCGCUCGCCAUCAUGUCAUCCUCCUCCGCCAGGGUCAUCUUGGAACCAUUAUCACAGAACUGAAAGCUACAUUCUCUCUCUUCCCCCUCCAGAAAAUCCAAUACAUGUUUUGUAAAAUAAAGCUGUAUUUUUUCAUAUAGAAAAUAAACAGUAUUAAUUAUAUGCUGCUAUACACUUUUACUUGUAUGAUGUGUAAAAACGUUGAUGUGAUUGUCCAGUGUAUAUGUGUAUAAACUAUUCUCACAUUUUUAUUAAAGCAUAAAACACAAUUAUACAUAUACAAUAAUUACUCCACAUUAUGUAUAUUUCUUCAUUUAUAAGAUGCCUAUCAUUUAUCAGUUCUCAUUUAGAUGCGUUAUCUUAAUCUCAAAUCAACAGGAGCCACGCAGACUGAGGGCUCUGUUUAUAUUCAUGGGGGUUGACUAAUUUGCUAAUCUUUGAAAUCUUGUUUCCAAAACUAAGGCCUUGUUAGCCUGAGGGCAGUCUUGGCUUGAAUUCUUUGCCUAACCAGCUUAAAACCCUUAUCUAGCGCAGCGAAAGCGUGUUUACUAUAACUUUACUGUUCACCAAGACAGGAGAUAAGUGAGAUGUUGAGUAGAAACACCUCACUUUGGGAGGGGAGCAGCAGGUAGCAGAGCCUCAUGAGCUCCAAUAAUCAUAUUAUUCAUCUGAGAAGGUUAUGUAUAAUGUCACCUUUUGAUUAUGGGCAACGGAAAUGGCCACUCAUCAAGAGUGUAGCUUUAGCGUAAACAGAAAGGGAACAGGGACCUCCCCUUUUUGCUUGUUAAGGCUUGAAGUGGUCUGCUUCUGAUGUCAGAUCAAAUGGUAUCAAUUGUUCCUUUCAUAAAAUUCUUUGAUAUCUUUCAAUGUGAUGAAAUGAUGACAGGUUGUUAUGUUUAGUUCC